CAAAUUUAAAUAUAGAUUUAAUCGUUAAUUUUGUUGUCAUUAUAGUCAAUUUAGGGUUCUUUUAAAGUGAAUUAUUGAACUAUUGCUUACAAUCACUGAAUAAUUAUAAUGAGAAAUAUUGUUUCUAGAUCAUAGUCAAUUUAGGAUUCUUCUUAGGUAGAUUGUUGUUGGUUAUAAUUUAAUUACUAAAAGAUUAUAAUGAUAAAUUUCGUUGCUCGAAUUUUUCUAUUCAUGUUCUUAAGUGAGAAGAAUUUGACUUGAUAGUUGAGUCAAAUUUCCUUGCUAAUGUGUUACAGAACCCUUUAAUGUUAGGGUAAACUAUGAAAUUGGAAAUUUUUGGGAACAACUAGGGAAAUGAAAUAUAUUUCCUCCAUUCAUUCUUAAUUGCAACAUUUUUUAUAGAAAUUAUGUAUAGUUUGUUCUUGUAACUUUGGCAGAAAAUCUGAGCUUAAACAUAUUCCUUGCGGAAUAGAUAAUUUGUCUGUGAGUAAUGUUUGUGAGGUGGCCUAGGUUACUGAAUCCGACUCAGCUCGCACAGAUUAUAAGACAGCAGAAGAAUUCGUUUACUGCUUUAAAGAUCUUUAAUGAAGCCAAAGCCAAGUAUCUUAAUUAUCGUCACAAUGGUGUUGUCUUUGCCACCAUUAUUAAUAUACUCGGGAGCUCAGGUCGUUUCGAUGAAAUGAAGCAAGUAAUUAAACAGAUGAAAGAUGACUCAUGUGAGUGCAAGGACGAUGCAGUUUUUGCAGGUAUAGUUAAGAAGUAUGCAAAAGCUGGAUUACUUGAUGAUGUCGUUUCUUUAUUCAGAAGCCUUCCUCAAUUUAAUUGUGUGUCUUGGACAUCAUCUUUCAAUACACUUUUAGAGAUUAUGGUAAAGGAGUCUAGACUUGAGGCUUUCUAUCGUCCUUUUAAGGAAAAUUCUCGUGGUUGGGAAGUUAAGUCUAGGAUGGGAUCAUUGAAUUUGCUAAUGGAUGCUCUAUGUCAUAUUAAACGCUCAGAUUUAGCACUGGAGGUUUUUCAAGAGAUGAACUAUCAUUGUUGUUAUCCCAACAGAGAAAGUUAUAGGAUUCUAAUGAAAGGCCUCUGUCAAGAUGGCAGGCUAUACGAUGCCACUCAUUUGUUAUACUCAAUGCUUUGGAGGAUUUCUCAGAAAGGUUGCGGAGAAGAUAUAGUAGUAAAUAGAAUUUUGUUAGGCAACCUAUGCGAGAAACAGAUUAGGGAGCUAUUUAAAAGUUUAACAUGAUUUUUACAUAUUUCCAACGCUUUUUCACUUUAGGCCUUUUUACAGCAUAUUUCUUUAAAGUCAUCUAGUGUUUCUAGAGGUAAAGAAAUAGAUUUUCCUUUUGAUAAUGAUCAAAUAAUUUGGUUUAAUAAAGCUUACCUCAUCUUGAUGAGUUUUUGAGUAA